AUGGAUGAGGAACUAGGAAAGUUAGGUUGCGCGAUCAGUAUCUUGCUGACCAUUGUUAUGGCCGCCUUGGCGUACUUGUACAUCUAUCAAAAUCAACUACAUAGUGGUGGAGCCAGUCUUCUCGAUAUGAGAAAGCUGUAUGCAGCCGAACUUCCGGACUUGCCACCAAUUAAGUUAACCUUGGAGCAGUUGCUAAAGUUCGAUGGAACUCGAUCCGAUGGAAGAAUUUUGGUGGCCCUAAAGGAAAAGAUUUACGAUGUAUCAAACGAUUUGCUAGAAUUCGGGUUGCAUGGAACCUUGUCUCAUGUGGCCGGCAUGGAUUUCACCCAGUACCUUCAUGAAACCGAAAUUAAUCGGUGGGAAAUAAUUCUGCAGAAAAAUUAUUCAUGUGUGGGUAUAGUGAUCGAAUCAGAUGAGGAUUUGGAUGAAGAUUAGAUGGAUCUUGUGGAAGAAGCAGAAGUCAGCGAAAUUCCUUUUUGUCAAAGAUUUUUUAUAAUUUACAAUGCAUUCUAAAGAAAAUAUAGCUGUAUUCACUCAAUUAUUUGUUAAUUAGUUUCUUUUAUCUUAUUAGUUGUUUCCUGGGAAAUUUUGACAAGAACACUUUUAUCUGUUUUCCCGCAUCACCCGAUUAAAUGGAAUCGUUUUGUAUCGAUUUUAAAUUGUUCAACACGCAAACUUAUUCCCUUGAAAUAGAUGUGCACUUAAAACUAUUGUACUGUGUAUAUGUUUCCUAGAAUUAAGUUGUCACGUUAGUUUGGUUAUUUCGUUAGUUUGCAUUUGUUUCAUUAAAAUUCCUAGAAGUCUAUUAUGCGCUUGAGGGCCACACCUCA